GACUUCUCCGCGAUGCGCUUCCUGACGCCUCUUUCGCUGGCUCUUCUCUCCGUCACUGCCGUGGCGCUUGACGCCUGCCCUGGUAACGUGCAAGGGGUCUACGACUAUGUAGUCGUCGGGUCGGGCGCAGGUGGCGGACCAGUGGCCGCGCGACUAGCCGAGGCUGGGUUCACAGUGCUUGUGAUUGACGUCGGCCACGACGUGCACAACUACAAUGUCACUGUCCCGAACUACCUUGGUCGCGCUAUCUCAGACCCCCAACUCGAACUCGCCUACACUCUCGACGAAUAUCCGGAAGACUUUCCAUACACCCAGAACGACGUAUGGUACGCAUGUGGUGUCUCUUCCUGCAACGUUAGUUCAUCGACUUGCGUAAAUCGCUUAGGUAUCCUCGCGCUCGCGGCCUCGGCGGCUGCACCGUCCAUAACGCCGUCGUCAACUUCGUCGGUAAUAUACGUCGCGACUUUGCCGACCUUGAGAAGCUCUUCGGUGAAUCCUGGUCGCUCGAGAACAUCUGGGAGUACUUCAAGCUCAUCGAACGAAACUCGUACAUCCCGAAUAGCACCGAGCACGGUUACUCUGGCUGGCUUGGAACGAACGGGCUCGAUCAAGGGGUGCUGUCGACCUUUGCUGGUGGGUCAUGUUGUUCAAGGUGCUUCAUCAGAUUAUACUUACACUCUUCCAGACGCGCAGCUGGACAACAUCACGACGGGCCUACUCGCCGCAGCAUCCCCGCUCAUCCCAGAUAUCAACAGCCUCAGCAAUAACCUUGCGACGGGAGUCGGUAUCAACUCGAACACGAUCGACGAGAACAACGUCCGGUCCUCUGUCUAUAACCGCCUUAAGGACGUGCAGGCCGCGCACCCUGACCGCCUGCACUUCGCGUUCGAUACUCUGGCGACGAAGGUCGUGCUCUGUCAGGCGGGCAACUUCACUCAGCCGCGGGCGAUAGGCGUAGAGGUGGCGCGUGGAGCUGGAUUGCCAGUGCAGUCGGGCUUCUAUCGCACGGAGGAUCUGAAGACGGAGACGAUCUAUGCGAAGAGGGAGGUCAUCGUGGCGGCGGGGGUGUUCCAGACCCCUCAGUUGCUCUUGCUCUCAGGUAUAGGCGACGAGAAGCAACUCAGCGAGUUUGGCAUCGAGCCGGUGGUCCACUCGCCUGGCGUUGGGAGCAACCUUCAGGAUCGCGACGAAGUGAGCACCUCUUGGUUGCUCAAGAACAACUACACGCUCUUCAACGGCUGCACGUACGGCUCGGACCCUGCCACCGAUCCCUGCCUCUCCGAGUACACCGAGACGCGCGAGAACGUUUAUGGCUUGGGCUUCAUCGCCGUGCAGAUGCCAUACAAGUCAGACGAGAGUCUCGAGGAUCCGGAUAUGGACCUCUACUGGGGGUUCACGUACUUCCCAGGCUUCAAGCCUGGUGACUUUUCUCUCGAAAAGCGUCGACCUGUGCCUCCACUAACUUACAUUGCAGGUGUCAGCGAACUCAUCACGGGCACCCGCAACGGACUGACGGCAAUCGCGCUGCGCUCGCACCCCUCCUCGCGCGGCACGGUCACUCUGACGGGCAGCCACCCGCAGGACAAGCUCCGCAUCUUCAAGAACCGCUUCCAAGCCGAGGGCGGUCAGACCGAUGUGGCCACGCUGCGCGAUGCGGUGAAGCGCGCGCGGGGCAUCGUGGAGAACUCGCCGUACAUUGCGCCGUUCGUGGAGAAGGAGAUAUUCCCGGGAUCGAACUAUACGACAGACGAGGAUGUGGAGCGGCAUGUCUAUGAGCAAGUCUUUGGCCAUCAUGCAUGCUGUACGGCGAAGUUGGGCGCAGACGAUGACGAGUACGCGGUACUCGACGGUGACUUCAGGGUCCGUGGCGUGUCUGGUUUGCGGGUCGUCGACCUCAGCGCCUGGCCUAACGUGCCCGGAUGGUUCCCGACGACUCCUAUGUAUAUGAUUGCUGAGAAGGCUGCCUCGGGAAUAAUCGCUGACGCUGAGGCAGCUUGACGAGAUAGAAUUUGGCAUUAAUGACGAGUUUUAACGAGUUCUCAUCUGCCUGACUCGCUUGAUGGCCUCGUGUUCAACGUUAGCAGCUUGUGUAUAAUGAUGCAAUCAGCGUCGUCAGAACUC